AAAUUAUGUGCUUGUGAAGAAAGUGGUCUGGCUAGAGCAGUAAGCAGUUUGCAAAGGAAACUCCAAAAACAGAUCCUAUGUUUAGGAGCUUAAACUUCUGCUUAGAGGGUGAGUUUAAUCUCUCAUUUUUUUUGUGUAGCUCUAAUAUUGUAAGCCUAUUAUGAUUUUUUUCCCACUUCACACUGAGAAAGAAAGACUAUGUAAGUGCACUCCCCCACUUCCAAGCAGGCCAAUGCAGAAUUUAUCCCAGUUUCAGUGCUGGAGUUUUCCACUGGAAAAAAAAUAAAAUAAAAUAGUAUCAAUGUAAUCCAAGGUGUCAGGGCACAGCACAGUCUCAGCAUUGAAAACUUCAGCAGCUCUGUGGAAAAGUUGCCUCGUUCCCUCUGCUGUGAAAUGAGCACACUUCAGCUUGGGAUGACUUUGCUUUAGGACAGAAAUUCCAUUCUAGCACCUUUACGUGACACUGGCCUACCUUUUUCUUCGUAUUAGUUUCAAGAAAUAAAAUGAGUUCUUCAGUAAGGGGCCUUGCAAGUCAUGCUUUGGUGAUCAGUCUUUAAAGAUUUAUGUAAAGUGACAAGCAAUUCACCAGAACUAGGUGUUCUUAAGGUGCUAGCACAUCACAGCACUCAGUGUGCCCAGACAGGGCCUCAGGAGGAAAUUAAAAGCACCGGCGUUUCACGAAGCAGGAAAAACACACAGAUUGAGAUGUGUGUAGCUUAGAGAUGCUUAGACCUGUGGUGGUUUUUAAACCUGUAGCUCCACAAAGAUUGGUACUUGCCUUUAACCUUCAUCUUCUGGGCUUUGGGAGGGGCCACUGGGAGGCACCAGCAGACAGGUGGCUGUUAGGGCCGUUAGGAGGGGUGGGCAGGUGGCCAUUAGGGCUACUGGGAGGUGCUGGCAGACAGGUGGCCUCAGGGAGCAGCUCCAGUGUGAAUGACAGGAUACUUCUACCUCUGGACUCAUUUGCUGAUUGAGCUGUCACAGAUAACAGAGGUGACAAUCAUGGUGGCACUUUCCUUUUUCCCAUGACAAAGUCUACUAUCUUAACCAAGAGCUGUGAAAACCUCCACUUCUGCUGCUGAUCCAGUGACACACUUAUCAUUCAGCCAACAUCCGUCUGCAAACUGAAAUCAAACUUCAUCCAAGGAGAUGGCAGGCAAGAAGAAAGAAAUCCAGCUUCAGAUGACAAUAUGCAACCAAAAUGAGUGGGAUGAAAUGUUGCUGAUGAAAGGUGUAGUAGUAAUAGAUGUGUAUCAAGCUUGGUGUGGCCCUUGCAAAGCUGUGGCAAAUUUAUUCAGAAAACUGAAGAAUGACUUUAGUGAAGAUGAUGUGCUGCAUUUUGCAGUGGCAGAAGCUGACAGCAUUGAGACUCUGCAACCAUUUAGGAAUAAAUGUGAACCCGUGUUUCUCUUUUGUGUUAAUGGCAAAAUCAUUACAAUAGUGAGAGGUGCAAAUGCUCCUCUUAUAAGUAAGAAAGUAACAGAACUAGUACAAGAAGAGAGGGAAAUUCUGGCUGGACAGAAGGAACGCCCCGAGGUGGAUGAACUUGUUUUCCUAGAAGAGAAAUUGUCAGAAGAGUCUAUUGAGGAGACUGUACCUGAGGAAGAAGAAGUCAUGUACUCUGUUGGAAUUAUAAAACCUGAUGAUGUCUCGGAGGGACGUGUAGAGGAAAUUAAACAAAAGAUUAGAAACGCAGGCUUUGGCAUUGCAGCAUCAGAAGAGAAAAUGCUAACUGAAGAGCAAAUCAGAGAAUUCUACAACAAGAAAAGAGAACAGCCUGAUUUUGAUGAUUUUGUUCAAUUUAUGAUGAGUGGACCGUGCCAUAUUCUGAUAAUCACUAAAAAAAAAGCAACGGAUGCUAUUCCUCUCUGGAAAGAACUGUAUGAAACAAGUGAAAGCAUGCCUGGUGAGGCUGAGGCUGAAGAGACAGACAGGCUGCAAAGAACUGAAGAAAAUGAGACUAUAUCAAAUAUAUGUGAUGUGCCAGACAGUUUAGAAGAUGCUAGCAGGCAACUCGCCUUCUUCUUCCCAAAUUUUGAUAGAAAGAGCACAGAACAAAAAAUUGAAAAGACGCUGGCCUUAAUUAGACCUUGUGUCCUAAGGGAAAGACGGGAUUCCAUUAUGCAAAGCAUAAAAGAUGAUGGCUUUGAGGUAGCAAUGCAGAAGGAAAUAACCCUAUCUGAAGAACAAGCACGUGAAUUUUAUAAAGAACAUGAAAAUGAAGACUAUUUCCCAGCACUGCUAGAACAAAUGACCAGUGGUCCAACACUUGUACUUGCUCUAACACGACAAAAUGCUAUAGCACACUGGAGAGAUUUAUUAGGCCCAAAGACUAUUGAAGAGGCAAAGAAGAAAAAUCCAAACAGUUUACGUGCGAAGUAUGCAGUCGACAACUUAGCUAUUAAUCAGCUGCAUGGUAGUUCUUCAUUUAAUGAUGCUCAGAAGGAAUUAGAGUUCUUCUUCCCUCAGGAGCACACUUUGGCAUUAAUCAAACCUGAUGCUGCUAAAAAUCACAAAGAUGAAAUUAUGCAAAAGGUUAAAGAUGCUGGAUUUACUAUCUCAAAAAUUAAAGAAGCAGCUUUAACUCGUGAAAUGGCUACACAGUUUUACAAGGAUCACGAAGGAAAACCCUUUUUUGAAGACCUGGUGGGAUGUAUGACUGAGGGCCCAUCAGUGGUGAUGGUCUUAACAAAGGAAAAUGCUGUCCAAGAGUGGAGGAAACUAAUGGGUCCAACAGAUCCAGAAGUGGCAAAAGAGAGCUGUCCUGAAUCAAUUCGAGCUCAGUUUGCACAAAAUAUUUUGUCUAAUGCUGUUCAUGGAUCAUCUACUAGAGAACAUGCACUGGAAAGCAUUGAGUAUGUUUUUGGUGAGAUUGAUAUAGAUUGAGCAAUUAGUAUUUGAUUUUUUGAAAUUUAUAGUCAAGUCAUUAGAUACAUUUGUCUACCUAGACACCUAUAUUUAACCUUAUAUGUACACACACCUAUUUUCCUCCAUCUGUUUUUUGUUAUAAGCCCAUUUCUGUGUAACAAGGAAUAUCUAUGUAACAAGUACUAGAAAACUGAUGUUAGUAGUGAUUUAUUCAUGUUUGAUAUAUAUUUUUUUGUUUGUUUUCAUCACUUAACAAAUGCAUGUUUUUCAAAUAGCCCAAGAGUCUAAUGUGUUUUGUGUAUAAUUAUCUUAAAAACAGUAUCAAGGAAGGUCCUUAAAGUACUGCUAUGAUACACCUGCUGUAAACACUUCAACCAAACUUAAUUGGCUUUGCAAAGCUUUACAUUUAUAGCACUGAAGAGUUCUUUGCCUUGAAUUUGACCAGAAACAUGAAUGACAGACAUAGAACAGUGGUUAAGAUGAUUGGAAGGGAUCUCUGUACAUCAUCUAGCCCAGCCUCCUGCUUUACAUGGACCCACUGCCAACAAUCAAUCAGGACAGCAGUGGCUUUUUCCUGAUCAUGUCAUGAAAUCCACCAAAGAUAGAGAUUUCACUACAUCCAAGUAACAGAUUACUACGCCAUGUCAAAUUCCCAGUAAAACGCUUUUCCUAAUAUCCAAGCAGAGCCUGCCAAACCUUCCUUUGCGACUAUUGCCUUGCAGGGAACAUAGGGCCCUUCGCCAUCCUCCAGCUGCUGGCAGUCCUGGCCUGGCCCUCUUCCUCAGGGCUCGCUCUGAGGCCACAGGGAGGUCGUUCCUGUUGUCCUGGUGCAGCAGCUCGGGAUGCGGUGCUGGUACCAGUCCUUCCCUUUUCCUCAGA